GCUUCUUCCAGCUGGGGGAGUAGUCACGUAACAUAACUAGUGUCCGAAAUGCCGCUGGGUUUCAGUCUUCUUAAAGGGGCCGCCGCGAUAGGCAGGGUCGCCCGGUUGGGGGACGUCUAUUGAGGAAAACCAGACCAUGCUUCCCCUGGGGCAGUGGAGAUAGGAUGUUAGAAUAUCAAGACCAAGAGGAGCUGACCACUGUGCGUGUCCAAGAUCCUCGUGUUCAAAACGAGGGGUCCUGGAACUCCUACGUAGACUACAAAAUAUUCCUUCAUACCAACAGCAAAGCUUUCACUGCCAAGACUUCUUGUGUGCGCAGACGGUACCGGGAGUUCGUGUGGCUGAAGAAGCGGCUACAGAAGAAUGCAGGAUUAGUACCUGUCCCAGAGCUUCCUGGGAAGUCCACUUUCUUUGCUGGCCAUACGGAUGAGUUCAUUGAGAAGCGACGACAGGGUCUUCAGCAGUUCCUGGAAAAGGUGGUACAAAACGUGGUACUCCUUUCCGACAGCCAACUGCACCUCUUCCUGCAGAGCCAGCUCUCUGUGCCAGAGAUUGAAGCUUGUGUCCAGGGACGCGGACCCCUGAGCGUCACGGAUGCCAUCCUCCAUUAUGCCAUGUCCAACUGCGGCUGGGUACAAGAGGAGAAUGACCACUCAGCUUUGCUGGCUAGAAGGGAUUUGGGUGGCAGCUUUGGAGGAGGAAGCCAUCUUGCCCAAAGUGCUGCCGACCCCCUCCCUCACUGGAGUGACAUCAGCAUGGAGGACAGCCAAUUGGAGAGUCCAGUUUCUGAAGAAGAGGUGGGUCACCCAGGGUCACUCCACGCUGGCACCGUAGCAUCAGCUGACCGUGUCGAGGCACAGCGCAAGUCGGAGGAGCCCCUUUGAGAUGCAGUUGGAGGUGUCUGUUGGCUUUCUCGCUUUCAAGCGCUAGAGGGCAGACGCUGCUGAGUCCGAUCUGGUGAGCCGAAUGAGCAUCUGGCUUGGACCGGCGAGAACACUUGGCGAACUGAAACAAACAGAUGAUGCUCGGGGAUCCCAGCAUUGCGCUAAACAGUUCUCCUGUGUCGAGUCCUCCUUAUCAGAGAGCUGGUUUCCUGCAAAGGCUCUUGCUGUUGAGCACUUCUUUCCCCCACCCGUAGAGACAUCCCACUGGGCAGGAAAAGGCUCUGUUUUUGGAUAUGGUUGCAUUCUCGCUCUCUUCUCCCUGCCUCGAUAGCUGGUAGAAGACAGCUGAGCUCCUGAGGAAAGCAGGGAAGUGUGUCGAAUUGCUAGCCGGAGUUGACCUUCCUUCUGGUCCGGAGCCACAGGGGACACCUGCUGGCCGUGGACACCAAGCCUCCAUCUGGGUUCCUCUGGUGGAACUGCUUACAGUGGGGAUGAGGGUCUCUUCGCAGUUCAUUUGUGUCGUACUUUAUUCCUCUGAAGUCUGAUUAAGGAGAACAUAUUAACUAUGGAGAAAAAGAAUGGAACGUUAUUUUGCAGUUGCCUUGCAACUGUGGAGCGAUCUGUUUCCUGGCUGUUUUAUUGCCUUUGUGUGGGAUUCAGCUUGAAAGGAGAUGUCGGGGGAGGGAUUCGCAGAACCCACUCAAAGCUCUAGAAGUAAAAUUGCCUUUUUUUUCCACCCUCACACCUCUUGCUCUUUAGAAGGGUUGUUGACAAUCCUGCACAGGCCUCACCAAGCAAAAUCUCCUUAUGACUUCCUCACUAUGUUCAGCUCCACAUUCCACUUCUAUCUUAAAGGGCAAUGUUUGUGUGUGGAGGAGGGCAGACAGUAUAGAGGUCUUUCUCUCCUUUCCUUCCUCAGUACGUUUCAAAAAAGGGCUUUGAAGAAUACCUGUGCAAUGUUUCUUUUUCCUCAUUUUGUUAAAAAGGGAAGCAAGUUUCUAGUCCUUAGGAUCUGAAGGAGAAACUUAAACGGCAGACGAACUUUUGACUGGAAAUAGCAAGAUUUGUUUGUGCUUUAGGAAAAAAAGAGGAAUGAAACCUUCCUCUAACUAAAAGUGCUCCACGCCAUUUUGUCUUGGUUUCAAUACACAUAAAGCAAGUUGAACAACUCUUUGAAUGUAA